CCAAGAGGUGGGCAGCAGCCGCAAUGCGAGGAGUGCGUGAUGCGCCGUCGGGCAUCGGGCCGCCAUCCGUUGCAGUUAUACAGCUUGCGCUAGAGCCGAGGUCCCGGACUCUAGCCGACAAACUAGGCUCAGUAUUCUCGCCAAUCGUCGUCUCCGGUCCCCAGUGCCGGACAUUGUCGGACAGAGACUGAGACUGCAGGAGCAGCUGGCUGAGCAGACAUCAUGCGGGGUAGCGUGCGAGACGCACUCCGUACGCCAUUCCCGAGGUUCAAUCGAAGAAUUCAAAGAGACGAGAUCGUGGGAAUCAUUGGGCCAAAAGCUUGCGCUCUGCUAAGCAAAAGUUUCAGAGCCCGCAUACCGGGCUGGGUGUUCCGGACUCUGGUAGCUCCUCCGGAACAAGUUGAGGAUGUCUCGUGUCCACUGGGCGACAGCUGCUGCGCUGCUGUCGCGGGGCAGGCAGCACUCGGUACGCUACGCGAGGUGGGUGCGCUGCGAUGUACUGUGGCUCGAUGCGCGAACAAGCGAGACCCCGCAAAAGGAAGACUUAGGCCGAGGCGCAAACAUGGGUGGGCACAGAGCAGUAGCAAGGGUACCGUGCGUCUAUCACAGAUGAGCAAUUCGAAUCCUGGGAAAGUUUACCUGACGCCUGAGGCUCGUGAUAAGCAGCGCUCCAGGAAGACGACCGGUCAUGCACGGCGUCUCGGACUUCGGAGUGGAACAUCGCCGGCGAAAGCGGAGAAGAUGCGGGGUAGCUUUCAAGGUCCGACACUCCAAUUACUCGCUUAGCCAGCAGGCGAAUACAGUGACUCUUCUAGCGAGCUGCAGCCGAAUAUACCGAUGCUGUAGCCUCGUACUUGGGACCAAGUACCAGGCUGCUGCCAAUCCUCCAACGGCAGCGGAAACCGCGAAGGUCAGAUGACCGCGACGGACACGAAAAUAGCAGACGAUUGCUUUCCGCCAUGAGGCGAGG